AUGGACCUUGUUGGGACAGAGGCAGUGCAUGUGCGUGUCGCCAUUUCGUUCUUCGCGUUGGCUUCCGGAGAGCUUGAUGUGGUGCUAACGAGGUACCAAGCACCUGUGGACGCUCUGUGCCUGGGGAACAACAGGACAGCUGCAUAUGGCGUCCCGCUGCUCCAGUCCACAACGGAGGCCGCAAAUCUCUUGUCUUCUACAGGAACCAUGGCCACAGAGGCAGAUUUCCUAUACAUUGGCAGUUCAAAGCUAGCGAGUCAAAGAUCUUGA